GCCACACACCCGAAAUCAACAUCAGAUUCCUUUUUUGUCAGUCCUCGCUGCGGACGCCACUGACCAAAAAAUGGCGCCCCAAUUGAGCGAAGAUGAAAUCGACGACCUCUUGUAUGCCGCGCGGACAGGCGACAAGGAUGAGCUGACCACUCUCCUCUCAUCGCUGGCCGAGCGGGAAAAGGUGUCACCCGUCGACAUUCUCACAAGCGCAAAAGACGAGGGGAAGUCGACUUGCCUGCACAUGGCGACAGGGAACGGGCAUCUGGAAACAGUAACCCACCUCCUAACCUACCUCACCCCGCCGCACCCCCAACCCUCCAAACAAGCCUUCCUCGACGCGGCCAACGCCUACGGCAACACAGGCCUGCACUGGGCAGCCCUGGGCGGACACCUGGGCGUAGUCAAGGCGCUGGUGGAGCAAGGGGCGUCGGUGGCGCUGGCCAACGACAAGAACUACGUGCCGCUGGACCUGGCGGGGUUCGGGGACAAGUUCGAGGUGGUGGAUUAUUUCUUGAGGCAGAGUGGGGUGCGGGAGGGGGAGGAUGUUGAGGGGCUGGCGGGGGGUGUGGAGGGGGUUGGUGUUGGGGGGGAUGGGGAUGGGGAGGAUGGUGAGGGUGGUGAGGGUGGUGAGGACGAGGGGGAGGUGGUGGUGGUGGCGGGGAAGGAGGGGGAAAGGAAGGGGGGUGGUAAGGGGGAGGAGGUUAACGGGGACAAGGCGUGA